GCUGAGAAGGCGAAGAGAAAGCAGAGCUGUCUCUCCCUCCUCUCUCUGUCCACGUAAACCGACACCUAUCUGCCACGUCCACCACCUCAAAACCUCUAAAUGCGAUUAUUGGAGGUCUUGCUUCAGUCUUCUGCGGACAUGAAGAAUAAACACAAGCAGCACGUGAAGACUUCGGCUCCUUACCGAGUCGACACGUCCAGCUUUGAGGUGUCCCUGCAGCAGCUCAACGACCUACUGACGGACGACAGCGGCUUUUACAGCUGGCCAACAAAACACUUCCAUGAGGUUUACCCCAGGAUUUACAUCGGCAACGCAUUUGUGGCGACAAAUGUGAUCCGCCUCAAGCGCCUGGGCAUCACCCACAUCCUGAAUGCAGCAGAGGGAAACUCCUUCAUGCACGUGAACACCAACUCCGAGUUCUACGCUGACACAGGCAUCAUCUACCACGGUGUACCAGCCAGCGACACCGACCACUUCGAUAUCAGCAUCUACUUCGAAGAGGCAGCAGACUUUAUUGAAAAGGCUCUGGCGUACAAGAAUGGAAAAGGUAAAGUGUACGUUCAUUGCAGGGAAGGCUACAGCCGCUCGCCCACCCUAGUCAUUGCCUACCUGAUGCUUUGCCAAAAAAUGGAUGUCCACACCGCUCUGGCCAUGGUGAGACAGAAAAGAGAGAUCGGACCCAACGACGGCUUCCUCCGGCAGCUCUGUUGGCUAAACCAGAGGUUGGCUAAUGAGGGAAAGUUGUGGAACCAAUGAGCAAGAUAAGGAAGUGAAUACAGUGUAAAAGAAAAUAAAAGUAAGCUCAGUAAAGUAAACUUGGCUUACUUUAUCUUGAUCUACAGCUUGAUUGGGUCACAGGUCAGAGAAAACAUGUUACGUAGAUUACAUCUGAGAUUUAUUGUAGACUUAGGCUGACAACACAAAGGGUUAAAUAACACCAUACACAAAUGACUGACACAUAACUGUGUUGUCAUGGAAUGACCCUUCUUUAAAUAGUCACUGGUGAUUAUGUGUUAAACGUACAAUGUAGUGUGUAAAUUCAGAUUCACUGGAUUCACUACUUGUGUUUAAAAACUUUCACAUAUACUCUGUUAUAUGUAUCAUGGUACAGAUCAUAGCUAUCAUUGUCCUGUAUUUGGUGUGUUUUCUUGACCACUAUCUUAGAGAACAAUAUCCAAGUGUAAAAGAAAUGUUAAUAUGCCAACACACUGAAUUGUAAGAAGUGGAGAAAAAUUGUGUAACUUUUCUCUUCCUUCUUUCUGGCAUUGGGCCCUUUUAUUGGCCUUCGUCCCGCAAACACUGCCAAAUGUUUCAGUCCCAGCUGCUUGCACAGGGGAUUUUAACUGGACACUGUGAUUUUCAUAUUAAAUUGGGUUCGUUUAUAGCCCACUUGAGGGUGUUAUUAGAAUAUUUUUGUCCAAUAUUUUCUCUGCAAGGAAACAAUCUACGACUGCUACUGCGCCCAUAUGUGGAAACCAGCCUCACAAGUAUUUCUCAAUACAAACUUGUGGUUAUUGUGCUUUAUCAAGGAACUCUGAAUACAUUUACAAUGUAAAAUUACAAUGUAAGAAUUUUUAUCUUAACGACCUACCCUGAAAUCAGUGUGGAAAGCUUAAUGGUUGGUAUUCUAUCAGAGAAAUUAAGAUUACCAGGAAAAUAAACAAAGAAUAGUCUAAAAUUAUUUGAUUUUGUAAUACAGAGGUUGGAUAGGUUUUUUUUUUCGUUAGAUUAGCUCUAAAGUCAGUCCUGUUUCAUGUCCUAACUGCUUCUUAAAUCAGUAAAUUUAAAGAAAUUAGUAUUAUUGGUCCAGAAAAGACUGGGAAAGGUCUUUGAUUUUAUAAAAUGUUGUAAUUUAAAUGGUUAGCUUGAUUGUGUUGAUGGUCAAUACAAAACUAAAAAUAGUAGGCAGUUAUGUAGCUUUAAGCGCAACCUUGACUCCCAUCUUUGUACUAGACCAAGCUGUUGGUAAAAUUUAGACAAUUUGUUAUUAUUUUACCAGGUAAAUAAA